AUGUGUCUUAUAGAUGACAUUAUAGCGUCUCCGAGAGAAGAUGCCGACCAUAGUAGUGUCGGAGACGAACCGGUUGAGUCGCCCAAGUUGGUUGCUGUGGGUGGUGGCGAGACCCCUAAGGAAGAUCUCUUCGGCGAGCCUAUCGCAAUGUGCAAGCUGAUUAUUCCUGCCUCAGUGGACACUGAAACUCCUUCGAGUUCACCCGAGACAGUAGAGACAAAUGCCGGAGCUGUGACGGAGACUAAAGGCGAGGUUGUAUCAUCAACCGCUACCGGGAGGGCUGCUGAACAGAAGAAGAAGUCUAUUGUCGAUGCGUUUGCCUCGCCGCCUUCUGCUAAGAAGUCGAGCAAGCCAAGAAGUUCCCAUAAGCUUAAGUGA